GGAGGCGGCGUCGCUGGCGCCGCUGCGUGCGGUGUGCUGCGGGGCGGGGGCGCCGGGCGGCCGCGGCGCGGCGGGACCAUGGAGCUCGGAGCGCAGCCCCGGGGCCGGCGGCGGAAUCGCGGACCGUUUUAAUUUUGAUUGCUGUACUAUUGAUACCUGAGCCAAAGUGGUGAUGCUGCCUGAGGGGAAUUUCUGUAACCCAUAAGUCAGCAGUUAUACGAUUGUGAGCCAUGCCUUUAGUGAAGAGGAACAUCGAACCCCGGCACUUGUGCCGGGGGGCCCUGCCUGAAGGGAUUACCAGUGAACUUGAAUGUGUAACCAAUAGUACUCUUGCUGCUAUCAUACGCCAGCUAAGCAGUCUAAGCAAACAUGCUGAAGACAUAUUUGGUGAGCUGUUUAAUGAGGCUAACAACUUCUACAUCAGAGCAAAUUCUCUUCAAGACAGAAUUGAUCGUCUUGCUGUCAAAGUUACCCAGCUGGAUUCAACAGUGGAAGAGGUGUCACUACAGGAUAUCAACAUGAAAAAGGCUUUCAAAAGUUCCACAGUCCAAGACCAGCAGGUGGUUUCAAAGAACAGCCUUCCUAAUCCUGUUGCUGAUAUCUACAACCAGAGCGAUAAGCCACCUCCCCUGAAUAUCCUUACACCGUACAGAGAUGAUAAAAAGGAUGGGCUGAAGUUCUACACUGAUCCUUCCUAUUUCUUUGACCUUUGGAAAGAAAAAAUGCUGCAGGACACAGAAGACAAAAGAAAGGAGAAGAGGCGUCAGAAGGAGCAAAAGCGUAUAGAUGGCACAACCCGGGAGGUGAAAAAGGUUAGGAAGGCCAGAAACAGGCGCCAGGAGUGGAGUAUGAUGGCAUAUGACAAAGAGCUUAGACCCGACAACAGGCUGUCUCAGAGUGUGUACCACGGAGCGUCUUCCGAGGGAUCCCUGUCCCCAGACACUAGGUCACAUGCAUCAGAUGUCACGGAUUACUCUUACCCAGCGACUCCCAACCACUCUCUGCACCCACAGCCCGUGACCCCUUCUUACGCAGCCGGGGACGCGCCACCACACGGGCCAGCAAGCCAGGCCCCCGAGCAUGAGUACCGACCCCCCUCUGCCUCGGCGCGGCACAUGGCCCUAAACAGGCCCCAGCAGCCACCGCCGCCACCCCCACCACAGGCCGCAGAGGGGUCCCAGGCCUCCGCACCCAUGGCACCAGCGGACUACGGGAUGAUGCCAGCACAGAUAAUUGAGUAUUACAACCCCUCAGGACCUCCUCCUCCACCACCACCCCCCAUGAUUCCUUCAGCACAAACUGCUUUCGUCAGCCCCCUCCAGAUCCCCAUGCAGUCCCCCUUCCCUGCCUCUGCCGGCACCUCCUACGCCACUCCUCCUCACCCUCCCACCGCUGGGCUCGUCGUCACAGCCCCACCGCCUCCAGGCCCACCACCUCCUCCACCAGGCCCUCCUGGCGCAGGCUCUUCUCGCUCAUCCUCCCCGAUGCACGGCCCCCCUGCAGCUGAGGCGAAGCGCCCAGAGACAGCACAGCCACCCAUAAGUGACGCUCGAAGCGAUCUUCUCGCUGCCAUUCGAAUGGGGAUUCAGUUGAAAAAGGUGCAAGAACAGCGCGAGCAAGAGGCCAAGCGGGAGCCAGUCGGGAACGACGUGGCCACUAUUCUGUCCAGACGCAUCGCCGUGGAGUACAGCGAUUCCGACGACGACUCUGAGUUCGACGAGAACGACUGGUCCGACUGAGGCGGCGCGCAUGCACAGCGGGGCCACCAGGGGCCACGUGUCGGAAAUGUAUUGAAAAUUUUAAGUGGUCCCAACACCCACAUAGUGGUAUUAUAAUCCUGUAGCGUAGCAACUUUUGUAUUAAUAAUGUGAUAUUGCUUUUGCACAUCCAAAAAUUCUGGGUUUUUUCAGUAUUUACUGUGUAAUACUUAAGUGCCACUAAACAUAGCAAAUUGUGCUGCACCCAAGGAAAUACGCUGUAACUAUCGCAUUGUCCUGAAAACAGCCUCUUGCUUCCUUUUUCUUGGCCACGAGAGUACUUCGUGCAGUUUGGGUCUCCUCUUCCUGAUCACUGUAAUUCCGCAGACUUGCUGUGUGUUUGUGAAGCUGCCUGGUGUUAGGUCUUUGCAAGAUUAACGACCAUGUGUCAGAGUGACGUCUUCCAGUCAGUGAUACCGUUUCACCCUUUCUGUUCGUUUGUUUCUAACGUGUUUCCCAAGAAAUUGGCUCUAGGGGAAAGAUUUAACAAGUCAGGGGCAUCCAACGUUGCUG